UGCUAGCGCGCCUGUAAUUUCAAAACAACGUACACGUGCUAGGUGUUGUGAAGGCUCCUUUCGAGAAUUCCUUGUAGCCUCGUACUGUUCAUUCCCUAAUAGUACAGUCAGUGUACCGAUAUUUAUGAUCGCUCGUGUUGUGCUGCGAAGGAGUGUUACGUUAACUACAAAAAAAGCUCGGCAAAUGUCUCAAAGCGUCCAAACAAAUGGCAGCGCAGCAGAGGAAUCAACCGCCGCGGAACCGAGUAAUUUUCAGUUCAGCAGUAAUUUGUCCUUAGAAACGAUACGCCAGAUGCAAGCAGAUUUCGCAAAAGAGAGAAACUGGGACCAGUACCACUCACCUAGGAACGUUCUUCUUGCUAUGGUCGCUGAAGUAGGAGAAGUUUCCGAAUGCUUCCAGUGGAAAGGUGAAGUAAAAGAAGGCCUGCCAGACUGGACGUCUGAGGAAAAGACGCACUUGGGUGAAGAACUGAGCGACGUCUUGGUCUACCUCAUUCGUCUCGCUGACCGCUGUCAAGUGGACCUGCCAACUGCGGUGCUUCGCAAAGUGGAGCUCAACAGACAGAAGUACCCGGCAUCAAAAGUGUAUGGCAAGAGCGACAAAUACACUGCCUACAGUGAAGGGGACAGUUAAAUUUUUUUGCUUUGUGUUUGUUUACCAGCUCAUCAUCGCUGCUACUAAAUGAUCUUACCCUUUAGCUGUAUGUUCACAAGGAAGCAAAGCUAAAAAAAAAUGUCUUUUUGAUAUUCAAGAAGCCAUUUUUGUUCUAGUUGGUAACAUGGUGUGAGCCUUCGAGUUUACCUUUAUGUUCAGUGAGAAUGUGGCAGUUCUGUUAAACUCUGACUGCUGGCAGAAUUUGAAGAUGUCAGGUAGGAAGCAUCCCUAUUCACAUGAAAUGGUUUUGCUUGAGAUUAUGCAAUCAAAAAAUAAAGUUUGCACGUACCUUUGA